UCAGGACUAUGAAAAAGGCAUCUGAGGGGUUGCACACCUGGAACAUCGAGUUGAAGCAGGCAGGGCAGGCUGUAUAAGAGCAUAGGCUAAGGAGAGAGGAAUCAGAUUUACCUGAGAAUAUGCGGGAGCCAGAUAGAGGGUAGACUGGUGGGUGUAGAGAGGCUGUUUGAAAGACACUUGGAAGGCCCAAUAAAAUGAGUUGGGGAGAUGAGGCAGAGAGGCCCAGUAUGACCAAGACAUGUCUGGCUGGGAGCAUGAGAAAGGCCAGUUGGAGAGGGAAUAUGAGAGGAGGGUAGAUUUUGAACCACUGAGUAGAUAGGGGAAUGCUUUUAAUACAUGGAUCAAAUUCAGGAGUAGGGCCAUUGAUGGAAUUGGAUGUUUAGAUUACUGGUGUCUAGGAAGUAAUGGAAACCAUGGACAUGUAUGAGAUGACCCUGGGGAGGAUGCAGUGGUUUGUGAGAGGCUAGAGGUCAAGAGACAGCCUGGGACUUGGUCUCAAGUCGAGGCUUUGAUUUCCUCUGUCCUGGGAGUUCUAGCCCCUGUCCACCAUCUUGGGCAAAGCCUAGGAUAGACUUCCAGGCAGAAGAGGUAGGGUGGGCAGGCAAAUGCUACAGGAGAUGCAAGCUUAAGUGACUGGUUACUGAAGUCUAGCGGUGGCAGUGGCCGACGGACCUCUACUGUGUCCCUGUAAGCACUUUGGUGAUAGCUUGCAGCCUUAUAGUUCCAUGAUGGCUGCCAUGUCCCCAAAGAUGGGAAAGCAAGCAGGGAAAACAUCACCCUCCCUACCUGACCGCAUCCUUGUAACAGGGCUGAAACUUCCACAAGCUCGUCAGCGGACUUAUGCCAUCAUUUGGCUAGAAUCAGUUGACAUGGCCACCUCUGGCAGCAAGGGAGGUGGGGAAAACGAAGACCUUGCAAAAGGGGACAAGAUUGCCAGGCCGGACUAGAAUUCAUCCAACUGCUCUGGGAAGUGGUAGGGUACCUGGUGUGGGCAGAUGUUGGUUUCUGGAAAACGGAGAAAUCAAGUUUAGGCCUAGGGAGGGAGGCCUCUUGUUGGAUUGUAGGAAGGAUGGGCUAUCAAUUAAAUGCGGAGGGGGAGUUUGCAGAGGGGCAAUAAGAGUCAAUUCAGAGAAUCUGACAAGCUUCAGCUGGGCCUGAAGAGCAGCUAUCUGCCAUGUGCCAGACGGAACUCGAAUGCCACUUCGGGGAUCCCCAGGUGAAAGGGCUGCUCCCUUUCCUCCCUCAAAGUUUGCACAACUGAGUUGUGACCCCCUCACCUGUGCCAGGUCUGAGCUGGAGGCUGGAAUCACAGUAAUAUACAAUCCCUGCCCUGCAGAAGUUAACCGAAAACAGGUAAAUCAUAAGAUCAUGUGUAUGGGUGGUAGUGGGAUUUGAAAUUGUGCAGGGAAAGGGUAUUCUGGACCUGUGUGUGCCUGGGCCUAGGUGUGGAAAGGCAAGGUGUGUUUUUGCCUGUGGGUAUGGGUGGUGAUAGUGAAGGAAAUCACUGAAACAGACCCAGAGUCAUGAGCCUGUCUUGGGGAGUUUGUGAUAUGGUCAAGUGGGGACAGCCAAUAGGCAGGUACAUGUAGAGAGCCAAAGAGGGAAAUUUUAGUUAUCACCAACAUGUAGGGCUGGGAGUUCUAGCAGAGAAAAGGCUGGCAUAGUCUAGUGCACUGGUUCUCAGCAGGAGAUAAUCUCCCCCACCCCCAGAGGACAUAUGGCAGCGUCUGGAGACACUUUUGGUUGUGCCAACUGGUGGAUGCUAGCGGGCAGAGGCCAGGGAUGCAGCUAAACAUCCUACAAUGCUUCCUACAACAGAGAAAUGUCAACAGUGCCUAAGCUGAAAAAACCCUGGCAUGGUGGACUGGUUCUCAAACUUCUGGUCUCAGGAUCCCUUUAUAUUCUUAAGAAUUGAGGACAUCCAAAGAGCUUUUGCUUAUGUCAUGCAGCCUCUGGAAAAUUCCACCGCAUGUGCAAGAGAGAAUGACCAUGAAAAAGUAUUGUUGUGAAUAGUUUUGACUUUGUGAACCCCCUGAAAGGGUUUCCUGAACCGGUAGAAAGCCUAGGACCACAGUUUGAGGAUCUCUGGCCUGGUGUUUUAAGGUGCCAACUCUGGAACUGGAAUUCCUGAUUUCGAACCACAGCUCCACUACUUACUAGGUGGGGCAAAGUGAAUUAACGUUUCUGGUGCUCAGCAUCCCCAUUGUUGCCCAUAGGCAACCUGCUGCCUAAAACUACUAUUUACGUGCAAUAAAACACCUAAACAGGGUCAACUAUUAUUAGUACUGCAACUCCAACAAAUAUACCUGGCCUGGGGCUGACUUGCCUUCAACACGUUUAUCAAGAGAAUAAAUCUAGUUCACCCAGGGAAGAGGCCCGAAGGGCUGGGCGGCGCCCUGGAAGUGGUGACCUCUUUUGCAUUAGGUUUUGAUGGAAGGGAAGGGUAGUGCAAUGAAAUAAGGGUAUUCUGGUCAGGCUAGCAAAAACGCCGCUCCCAGGAUAGGGGCCCGCGGUCCCCAGCAGAGCAUGGGACCGAGAAGACCUGGAACCUUUGUGUUCCUCUGAGCGCUCCCCAAUACAUGUCCUCGUCCACCCCGGGGACCUCUACCUGCACCUUCCACAGAACCGUUUGCCCCGACUCAACAUGGCGUUAGAAUCCCACAAGACACCUUUGUCUUUAGGUCCCAACUGGAGGCUUUACCCCGCCUAUUCGUCGCAGAGAUCACCGCCCAAGGUCCGAUGCCCGCCUAGCCCCUCGACGCGUCCGAGCGGGGCUCCCUUUUCAAAACGGCAGUAGCCCCCCGGCUGUUUGGGGGGCUCUGUUUCCGUUUCCGGGGACAGAAGCCGGAAGUAGCAUUUAUGGGGACUUUUCCUAUCCCCAGCUGCGAUGACUGUGAGAGGAGGGCGAACGGCCAUGGCGGCGGUGGCAGAUAGUCCGGCGGCUGCGGCUGCGGCCGAGGACCGAGAGCCACAGCGUAAAGCGGUGCCGGGCCUGGAGAGCCAGCGGCGCCAGAUCGAGAACGGCGAGAAUGGGCGAGGGCAUCCGCUGCGGGCGGGCGAAAGCUGGUUCCUCGUGGAGCAGCACUGGUACAAGCAGUGGGAAGUAUACGUGCAGGGAGGAGACCAGGACCCCAGCACCUUCCCUGGCUGCAUCAACAAUGCUGAGCUCUUUGAAGACCAGGUAAACUGGCGCCUCAAGAAGGGACUGGUGGAAGGUGAGGACUAUGUGCUGCUCCCAGCGGCUGCUUGGCAUUACCUGGUCAACUGGUAUGGUCUAGAGCAUGGGCAGCCUCCCAUUGAACGCAAGGUCGUGGAGCUGUCCAACAUCCAGAAGGUUGAAGUGUACCCAGUAGAACUGCUGCUCAUCCAGCACAGUGAUAUGGACACAGCUCACACCGCUCAGUUCAGCCGCACAGAUUCUGUUGGGUCCCAGGAAGACCUUGAAUGUGCUCCAUCACCCUCCACAGACCUAGUUCUGCGCACCGCUCAAGAGCAGUUUCUGGUGAGCCCCCAAGAAGAGACACGGCUGUGGAUCAAGAACGCGGAGGGCUCUUUUGAGAGGUUGUGCAACACACGUGUCACAGUGCUUGACGCCGCUCUCAAGACUGGGCAGGUGGUCAUCAUGGAGACCCGAAACAAGGAUGGCACUUGGCCCAGCGCACAGCUGCCCGCCAUGAGCAGCGCGUCGGAGGAGGAUGAGGACUUCCAGGGCCAGCCGGGCAUCUGUGGUCUCACCAAUCUGGGCAACACGUGCUUCAUGAACUCGGCCCUGCAGUGCCUCAGCAACGUGCCACAGCUCACCAACUACUUCCUCAAAAACUGCUACCUGGAGGAGCUCAACUUCUGCAACCCACUGGGCAUGAAGGGGGAGAUCGCAGAGGCCUAUGCGGACCUGGUGAAGCAGGCGUGGUCCGGCCACCACCGCUCCAUCGUGCCCCACGUGUUCAAGACCAAGGUCGGCCACUUUGCGUCCCAGUUUCUGGGCUACCAGCAGCAUGACUCACAGGAGCUGCUGUCGUUCCUCCUGGAUGGGCUGCACGAGGACCUCAAUCGUGUUAAGAAGAAGGAAUAUGUGGAACUGUGCGAUGCUGCUGGGAGGCCAGAUCAGGAGGUUGCUCAGGAGGCCUGGCAGAACCACAAACGGCGGAACGAUUCUGUGAUUGUGGACACUUUCCAUGGCCUCUUCAAGUCCACGGUGGUGUGCCCUGAUUGUGGCAACGUGUCUGUGACCUUCGACCCCUUCUGCUACCUCAGUGUCCCAUUGCCUAUGACCCACAAGAGGGUCAUGGAGGUCUUCUUUGUCUCCAUGGACCCCCGCCGCAAGCCAGAGCAGCACCGGCUCGUGGUCCCCAAGAAAGGCAAGAUCUCGGAUCUGUGUGUGGCUCUGGCCAAACACACUGGUGUCUCGCCAGAAAGGAUGAUGGUGGCCGAUGUCUUCAGUCACCGCUUCUAUAAGAUCUACCAGCUGGAGGAGUCUCUGAGCAGCAUCUUGGACCGAGAUGAUAUCUUCAUAUACGAGGUGUCAGGCAGGGCUGCUAUUGGCGAGAACUCCAGAGAGGACGUUGUGCUUCCUAUCUACCUGCGGGAGCGCACCCCAGCCCGGGACUACAACAAUUCUUACUAUGGCCUGAUGCUCUUUGGGCACCCGCUCCUGGUGUCGGUGCCCCGGGACCGGCUCUCCUGGGACGCCCUGUAUCACAUCCUGCUGUACCGCCUCUCACGCUAUGUGACCAGACCCAGCUCGGAUGACGAGGAUGAUGGGGAUGAGAAAGCAGACCUGGAGGAUAAGGACAACCUCCCUAAGGCUGGACAUGUGGCUGGGGGCAGCUCCCAAGACCCUGGGCCGGAGCAGGCUGGGCCCAGCUCUGGAGUCGCGGGCGGGAGCCGGGCCCCCGUGGACAACUCCCCUGGACCAUCCCACUGGCCCCAGAGAGCACGGCGCAAACACCUCUUCACCCUGCAGACAGUGAAUUCCAAUGGGACCAGCGACCGCUCGACCUUCAACGAGGAUACCCAUGGUGUCUCCUUCAGCUGUGAGCCAGGGUUGGGGAGGCGGGAGGGGGGUGUGCUUGGCAGCAGGGCCCAUGACCACCUCCCCUCGCCCCCAGCCCAGCCGUACAUUGCCAUCGACUGGGAGCCAGAGAUGAAGAAGCGUUACUAUGACGAGGUGGAGGCUGAGGGCUACGUGAAGCAUGACUGUGUUGGGUACGUGCUGAAGAAGGCUCCGGUGCGGCUGCAGGAGUGCAUCGAGCUCUUCACCACCACUGAGACCCUGGAGAAGGAAAACCCCUGGUACUGCCCCAAUUGCAAGCAGCACCAGCUGGCCACCAAGAAGCUGGACCUGUGGAUGCUGCCGGAGACGCUCAUCAUCCACCUGAAGCGCUUUUCCUACACCAAGUUCUCCCGCGAGAAGCUGGAUACCCUUGUGGAGUUUCCUAUCCGGGACCUGGACUUCUCCAAGUUUGUCAUCAAGCCGCAGAACGAGUCGGCCCCAGAGCUGUACAAAUAUGAUCUCAUUGCAGUUUCCAACCAUUACGGGGGCCUGCGGGAUGGACACUACACGACAUUUGCCUGCAACAAGGACAGCGGUCAAUGGCACUACUUCGAUGACAACAGUGUCUCACCUGUGACUGAGAAUCAAAUUGAGUCCAAGGCAGCCUAUGUCCUGUUCUACCAACGCCAGGAUGUGGCACGUCGCCUGCAACCCCAGCCCAGCUUAUCUGACCCCCCAGCGUCCCCAGCCUUUGGUACCCCAGCCAACUCUGAGUUCAUGGAUGUAAAUUGAGGGGCCCUGGCCCUGCCACAGGGAAGGUACUAUUCUAAGUGCUUCUGAAGCACCAUCUGCGCAUCAGACACGAUUCUCAGCACCAACUGCAUGCCCAGUGUUUCCCAAAGCAUUUUGGAAAUAUCGACUCAUAAUCCUCACAACAGUCUCACGCAGGAGUUGUCAUCGCCAAUUUCAGAUGGGGAAACAGAUACAGAGGUCAAGUAAUUGCUCGAGCUAGGUCCAGAGGUCAGUACACCUUAUCAGUUACACGGCAGUAGUCCUGGAGGGGAUGUUUGACCUCCCUGGACCCAGGAUGGAAAUCUUUGUGGACAUGACCUGCACUACAGGUGAUGUGGGAAAGGUGUGCCUGGAACAGACAGGCAUCCGUGUGGGCAAAUGGGUGGUUUCCGGACAUAAAAGAUACUAACCAGACCACCUCGCAGGCCCCCAGUAGUGUCCUCUGAGGAGUGGGUACAUCUGGCCCAAGCCAUACAAACUGACAGGACAGGUGUGCUGUGUUUGUGUCGCCCCUAUGCUUAGCCUCCCGCCAUGACUGCAGCUCCCCCACCAGGCAGGGUCCCUUCAGCCUCAUGCCACAGAAGAGUGAGGUGGUGCACCUAGCACAGAAUGGGUGCAGCAUAGUGUGUCUGAGCAUAAGAUGCCACCUAAGCACUGCACAGCCCCCACCUGAGCCCUCCCGUAGGCACCAGCUGUCACCUCUGAGAAACGGCUCUUGUGGGGACAACCUUGGGGCAGCGUGGAGUGGACAGAUGUGCAGUAUCUGGAUGUAGACAAGCACCCCAACCUUUCACACUGAGGAAGGGAAUCCUGAUCAGGACGGCUGAGAGACCAUUCCCAUGGGAAGGGUCUCCUCAUUCCCCUCAGCCUGCUGCCUUUGCACUGGACCUGGCAGCCUCCCCCCGCCCCCACCUCCAGCUUUAUCACCUACAAAUCUCCGGUCAUGCUGUUGACACAGGCAAGAAUCGAGGUAGUUGCUGUGAGGAGCUCAGCUCAAACUGACUUAAGCGAAAAGCACAGAAAUACUAGUUAAAGGUAUGACUGGAUCCAGGAACUCAUAAGCUGUUGUUUAAUCCUCACGAAGACUAUAUGGUUUAAGCACUGUUACCCCAUUUUGCAGAUGAGGAAUCAGGCGUAAAGAGCUGGUUCAAAAUGAGACCUCAGGGCUUCCCUGGUGGCGCAGUGGUUGAGAGUCCGCCUGCCGAUGCGGGGG